UCCGCGGGUUUGUUGAACGCGGUUCCCGGGGAGACCGCUGCGGUUGCGGUGUGCUAUGGAGCCGAAGGUCGUCAAGCCACCGGGGCAGGAUUUAGUAGUGGAGCGUCUCAAAAGCCGCUACGGACUCGGGAGCAGCUGCCCUGGAGAUGAUGAACUGGAUUCUUUCCAUGAUUUGAAGAAACAGGAAACAGAAGAAGAGUUAAUUGGAAAUGAUUAUAGAGUUAGUACCUCCAAAAUAACCAAGCAGUCUUUUAAGGAAAUAGAAAAAGUUGCCCUAACUAAUAUAACUUCAUCAAGACCUCGGACUGAGUGUUGUAGUGAUGCAGGUGACUCUCCUUUGAAAUCUGUCAGCUAUCCAAAAUCUAAAGCAUCAGACAAGCGGAGUUUACUUCCACAUCAGAUCAGUCAGAUAUAUGACGAAUUAUUUCAGAUACAUCUGAAACUGCAGUGUGAAACUGCAGCGCAACAGAAAUUUGCUGAAGAACUUCAAAAGCGAGAACAUUUUUUACUUGAAAGAGAACAACUGCUUUUCAGACGUGAAAAUGCCUUGAGUAAAAUUAAAGGUGUCGAAGAAGAGGUUCUUACAAGAUUUCAAAUUAUAAAAGAGCAACAUGAUGCAGAAGUUGAACACUUAACCGAAGUUCUUAAGGAAAAGAAUAAAGAAGCCAAGAGACUGAGGUCCUCUUUUGAUGCAUUGAAAGAAUUGAAUGAUACCUUAAAAAAAAAACAGUUAAAUGAAGCAAGUGACGAAAACAGGAAGAUAGACAUUCAGGCUAAAAGAGUUCAAGCUCGUUUAGAUAAUUUACAGAGGAAGUACGAGUUUAUCACCAUACAGAGAUUGAAAGGAAGUUCCCAUGCUGUUCAUGAAAUGAAAAGUUUAAAACAAGAAAAAGCACCAGUUUCAAAAACUUACAAGGUACCACUUAAUGGGCCAGUUUAUGAACUUUUAACUGUCUUCAUGGACUGGAUUUCAGAUCAUCUUAGCAAAGUGAAACAUGAAUCUGGAAUGGAUGGUAAAAAACCACAACUCAAAUUUGCUUCCCAGAGAAAUGAUAUUCAGGAGAAGUGUGUAAAGCUUUUACCUCUGAUGACAGAGCAGCUACAGUGGAUGUCAUUUGUGAAUAUGAAACCUCACGAGCCUUUUGUAAAAUUUAUAUAUUGGUCCCUAAGGCAGCUAGAUGCUGGAGCACGGCACUUGACUAUGACAUCAACAUUGAGGAGAUUGGGUGAAGACAUUUUUAAAGGAGUGGUAACUAAAGGAAUUCAGGAUAGUUCUCCACAGCAUUCUGUGGAGAAUAAACCAAAGACAGCUGCUUUCUUUAAGAGCUCCAAUUUGCCAUCGAGAUUUUUAUCAACCUUAAUUGUUCUCAAAACAGUCACUCAAGCUGAUUACCUGGCUCAGGCAUUUGAUUCUCUUUGUUUGGACUUGAAGACAGAAGAAGGAAAAACCUUGUUUUUGGAAUAUCAAGCUGUUCCAGUAAUAUUAAGUCAUCUAAGAAUAUCCAGUAAAGGACUCCUGUCUAAUGUUAUUGAUAGUUUGCUCCAGAUGACGGUGGAAUCUAAAUCCUUGCAGACUUUCCUGGAAGCCUGUAGCAACUCUUCAUUUUUUCAUACUUGCUCUGUGCUGCUUCGAGCCCCUAAGCUUGAUCUCCAAAUACUAGAAAAACUCAGUAUUAUUUUACAGAAACUUUCCAAAAUCAAGAGUAAUAAGCAGCUCUUUGAACUUUUUACGAUUCAUCUGAUGCUUCAAGAAAUACAAAGGACAACUAACCCAGAGCAUGCAUUUCUCUGUAUUAAUCUAAAUUCAACUCUGUUCAAUUUGAGUUUAACAAAAUGUAACUCCCUGGUCUCCAGUGCAAGCCAUUAGACUGGCUAAUUUUUUAAUAUAGUAUAUGUGGUGCUUAUUUAUAAACAUGUAGAAAUUACCAAAGUAAUUACAAUUCUACCAAGUAAAGUUAUCAGUAGCAUCAUUUAUCAUGAAAAAUAAAUAAUUUUUUUGAACUGUAAAAAUGAAAUCUGUAGAAGGUAUUGGAACUUCUGGAAUGUUUCAGUUCAGGUAAGGUAGUACUAAUGUACAAGAUGGCAUUUCUAGAAUGUAUGACACGGAAGUUACUUUUUGUAAAAAUAUAUUAGGAACAUUAUUUCUUAAAAUUAUGUGAUUAUUUGGAAUAAAAUUGGUGCUUAUGUGAGAACAGGGUUAAAUAA